CUACUAUUUCAUUCGCCAGUUGCGUUUGAGUGGAUUAUCUCUGUACAACAUUUGUCGGAUGAAGAGGAGGCAGACAUGUGGUGAAUGGUUCACCGAUGAAUUGAGUGUGGAAAGCUAAGUCUGCGCGGCCGCGGUGAGACGACAUGUACAGUCUGAAUCUGAAAUUCACUUGUCGAAUUGAUUGAGCUAGAUUUAUUUCUUAGUUUGGCAGUAAGCGGCGCUUUAUUAAAUAUCCAAUCAAAUUGAAUCGAGGCAGGAAAUACAAUUUUUUACAGGAUAUCCAUGACAGGGUCGCGAGCACGUGACACGGUGACUACGAACGCAUGCGUAGGUACUAACCUUUUUGUACGUAGUAUGGAGAGACUUGAGGAAGAUUUGAGAAACCCGGUUGCACCGGGCACGCGAUGUAGAGCUGAUGAGCGAUUGUUCUGGUAUCACGCAAGACACAUGGAUAGCGGGAGAAGCGGUCUCGUUCCAAUCACUCACGUCGCGUUGCCUACGAAAGUAAAGCGAUUGAAGCCUGGAAUGAAUGGUUUCGAACUUGAAUCGACAUGUGACGAGCAUGACGACGAGGAUAAUAAUGGUGAUGAUGAUUACGAGACUAUCAGUGACCUUCGCAAACCUCGUCUAGAACCGUGUUACAAGACUUAUGAGACAUUCAAACGACUUUCUGGUUGGUUCACUGCAAGGUCGACUAGGGGCGGGGGAACUGAGCCGACAGAGGCGAUGCUCCCACGGUCAUUAGCAGAAAAAUGCGGCUUGAGCAUGGAGUCAUUCAUCAACGAUGGCCCAGCUAUCUAUACGUUUGAGCAUCGACGAACGCGUGGGAAGAAGUAUGUGGGAUAUGCUCAGCGUUUCUGCACGGAGUUGCAACAGAUGUUUCUUCAGCUGUAUGGGAAGAAGUUUGAUCAAUUGAAUGGUCUGGAGUAUGAGUUGUUGUUUCAUUCCCCCGUUGCGUCCGACUGGGUUGUUUCUGUUGAUCUUCUGUUGAGGCACGAAGAGGCAGAUAUGCAGUGGAUGGCUCAGCGACGAAUAAUUGAAUGGAAUUGCCUACGAGGAGAGAGGACACUUGGAUUGAAUGAGAGUUUGAAAUUUACUUCUCGAGGUGAUUGGGAUAAAUUUAUUGCUUGGUUUGGUGAUAAAUGGCGCUUGAAGAGUGAAGCACAAAAGAAACUACCACCACCUCGACCGACCCCAACUCGGCCAUAUCCAACAUGAAUUUGAGUCAUCAAGACAAGUCAAUAGUAAAUGAUUGUCCCGUUUCUGAAGUGCUCUGUUCCAUAGUUAGAUAUUAUCAACAUUCUAGGUAGAUGCAGACUUGGAAACUGAAACUAUUAGGAUAACUAACUGUGUGGUCUGUAAUUAACGACAGUUAGAUUAAUACUAGCAUUAUGAAUUACUGUUAUAACAACUGAAUAUGAUUGAUCUUGAUAACUGAACAUUGCUUGCAAGUCUUAUAUAGUCAAGUGUAUAAUGAACAGCCAAGAACAUUCAAAAAUGAGGUGGCAACAAUACAAAUGGUUGUCCAAAUGAUAAUACAUGAGCUGUGGA